CAAGAUUGUCGACGAUGUCCACGAACAUUACUUUCCAUGCAGGAUCUGUGACGAGGGAAGAGCGAGAUGCAUUGCUCAAGCAAAAAGGAGUUACAAUCUGGCUUACCGGGUUGAGCGCUAGCGGCAAGUCCACCAUUGCCUGCGCACUCGAACAACACCUUCUCCAUCUUCACAAGUUCGCUUACCGCCUCGACGGCGACAACAUCCGCUUCGGUCUCAACAAAGACCUCGGAUUCGACGAAAAGUCAAGGAACGAGAACAUUCGCCGAAUCGGCGAGGUCGCAAAACUCUUUUCCGAUGCCUCAGCCAUCACUAUCACUGCCUUCAUCUCUCCCUAUCGCCAGGACCGCGCCGUAGCUCGUGAAUUACACGACAAGGCAGGCAUCCCGUUCGUUGAGGUUUUCGUUGACGCUCCUCUCAGCGUCGUGGAGGAACGAGAUCCCAAGGGACUCUACAAAAAGGCUCGAGCUGGUGAAAUCAAGGAUUUCACUGGCAUCUCUGCGCCCUAUGAGGCCCCGGAAUCUCCAGAGCUCCACAUCAAAACCGACCAAACCUCGGUGACACAAGCCGUCGAACAAAUCACCAACUAUCUCCAAUCAAAAGGCUACCUCAACUAGGCGUAUACCCAACCCCAGACCGAUAUCAGAGAGCACGAACCUGGAG